AUGAAAGAUUUUGAUAGAAAGUUACAGAACUUAUUAAAAUGGAUCAAUGACGAUGAUGCUGAAAAUGGUCAGAAGACAUCAACAAUCUCAACAUCCUCAUUAAAUCAAUCAUAUGUUUCACCUGCUUUAAAAGUCAAAGAUGUAUCUGGAUCAGGUAGAGGUAUAUAUACAACCACAAGCUUAAAUUCAAAUUUUAAAAUAAUAAAGGUUCCACAUAAGUACUUAUUAAAUUUCAAGACCGUAUUGACUCAUUUGUCUAAAUACAUGAAUCAACAAAAUUCUUCAAUUGAUGAUGAUGAAAUUACAAAAAUUUACAAAGCGUUUACCAGAGAUGAGAUUUUAAAACUUACUUCAUUUCAAUUGUUAUCAUUAUAUAUUACAUUGGAAAAGCAGAGAGGUACCAAUUCAUUCUGGAAGCCGUUUUUGGAUUCUUUACCAUCUGAGGAAGAUUUUUUAUAUUUACCAAUUUAUUAUCCGGAUGAUAUUUUAAAAUUACUACCUUACACAACAAAGCAACAUGCAUCAAAAGUUAAAUCAAGAUUUGAAAAAGAUUAUGAAACAGUCAUAAGUCUAUUAAGAUCCAAGAAUGUUGAUAACCAAGUGAUAACAAAAUUAAUUCCAAAAUCAAAGUUUUUACUAUCUUGGUUGAGUAUAAACUCUCGUUGUUUAUAUAUGGAUUUACCAACAAGUCAUACCCCAGAGGAUAAUUUCACUUUAGCUCCAUAUAUCGAUUUUAUAAAUCAUUCAGAUAAUGAACAAUGUGUUAUGAAAAUUGACCCUUCAGGUUUUCAUGUUUCAACUACUACAAAUUACAAAGAAGAUGAUCAAAUUUUUUUCAAUUAUGGACCUCAUUCUAAUGAAUUUUUAUUGUGUGAAUAUGGAUUUAUUAUACCAAAUAAUAAGUGGGAUGACAUCAAUAUAUCUAAACAGCUAAUUGAAAAGCUAUCUAAUUUGCAGAUUGAAUUCUUAAAGGAACAAAAUUACUUUGAUAAUUAUACUUUUACAAGCACUGGACUAUCAUUUAGAACAGAAGUUUGUCUUGCUAUAUUACAGGAGAAAGACCCAAAGGAAUCAAGGAAAUUAAGAGCAUUAAUUAAUGGAAAUAUAGAUAGUGAAGUUUACAAGCGAGGAAGUAAUCAAAUAAUGAAAUCAAUUUUAAAUGACAUUAGGCAAGAAUCAAAUUCAAAACAAUACCUAGAAUUUGCUAACAAUGAUGAUGGGGAAGACAAUAAACUACGAAAACAACUAAUAGGAACAAUAUACAAGAAUAGAUACAAUUUAGCUAGUACCUACCUAAAUUCAAUUGACUAA